UUACCAUCUAUGAAUUUUCGUUGAAAUUUUUUUUUGUCUUAAUUGUGCCCAAUCUGACUAAAAUUUCUGGAUCCGCCACUGGUUAUGAGUCCUGUUAUUCUCUUAGGAAGUUCUCUUGAUGCAUAUUGUAAUAUACAGUUUCAUUAAUCAAGACAUGAUGACAGCAGCACCAAUCUUUAUUAAAAAAAAUAAUAAAAAAUUGUCCGUCGAAAUAACAACAAUUUUAUGAGUUUUCUGUGAAUUUUCAAACAUUUUAGUAAAAAGUAGUAAGCAUAGGACCAGUCUAGUAAUAGUCCAUCAUGGAGGAAAAAAAAAUAUUUCUAAACCUUCAAUCCUUCAGACACAUAAAAAAAAAAAUUAAAAAAACACACACACACAGAAAUGGAGGUAACACUUUGAAGUGGUUGACGAGGCCAAAUUAACGGAGGAUUAAAAGGAUAUUGGUCAUGAAAUCGGAUUCAAGACCACAUAAUGAAACCCAAAUUUGACAAAACAAUCAACCAUAUAGUGAAGAAAGGCCUUCGAUUUUUACGGUUCCACCAUGAGCAAAAAAAGGAUCUAAACCCAAAAUGAGGUAGCUUCACUCUUUCCCUCUUACAUGUAUUAACCUCUUUGCUUACAACCAUAACCUCUUUGUUGCACAAGUGAGAAUCUGCUGCUGAUUAGAAUCACUCCUCUUCUCCAACAUCAAUUUCUGAUUCUUGUACUCGUUUACAUACCGAUCAAAAGCUCAUGGAUGCAACUCACAAAUUCGUAUGCCAAGAUGAUUUGGCUAACCCACUAGCGGCCAUGGCCGUCCAAGUCUCUUGCAUUCUCGUCAUCUCACACUUCUUUCACAUUCUGCUCAAGGCAUUGGGUCAACCAGGUCCCAUUGCUCAGAUCCUAGCUGGUUUGGUGUUAGGUCCUUCGGGAUUGUGUAAUAUAAAGAAAGUAAAGCAUUACUUCUUACCCCCUUCAGCUGCACAAUACUACGAGAUGUUCGGGUUCUUCUGCCGCAUCCUCUUCAUGUUCCUGUUUGGUUUGGAGGUGGACAUUGCUUUCAUUAGGCGAAACCUUCGUGUUGUGUGCAUACUUGCAUGCGGCGGUGCCUCAGUAGGAGCCAUUUUUGGGUUGGUCUCGUCCUUCUUUUUGCGUGAAUACUUUUUGGAAAAAUCCCUUGGUAAGGCAAAUUAUGUCAUCGCCAUGAUGUUAUUUGUAGCCUACUCCGCCACCCCAGUCGUCAACCGUCUAGCAGCAGAGCUGAGAUUUGCAACCUCAGACAUUGGACGCUUGGCGGUGUCUUCUGCACUGGUCAUUGAGCUUACUUGCUUACUGAUAUUCAAUUUCAUGAUCUUGUGCACGUCAGGAAAAAUGGUAGGAAACGCCUUCUUAGUCCUAGUAGGGUUGGUGCUUGUGCUCGUUGCCUUCAGGUACAUGGCUACAUGGUUGAACAAACGCAUCAAUAACCACAAGUACCUUAGAAACCCUGAGGUGUUUAUCAUACUAUCGAUUCUAAUAGCGACUUCUAUGCUGAUUGAACUGGCCAAUUUCAACAGCAUCAUAGCUUGCUUUCUUGCUGGCAUGGCAUUCCCUAAAGAAGGGAAAACGGCAAGAACAUUACUACAUAAACUCACUUACUCUGUUCACAACUUUGUACUUCCUAUUUAUUUUGGGUACAUCGGCUUCCAAUUUGACGGGACUUAUUUUAGUAACAUGUCCAACAUAUUGAUUGUUCUCGUGCUGGUGCUGUUGUGCAUCUGCAGCAAGAUUGGCGGCGUUCUUGCAGUUUGCCACUAUUUGAAGAUUCCAUUCAGUGAAGGGGUUUUCCUUGCUUUUGUAUUGAACUUGAAGGGGCAUGCUGAUCUCUUAUUCAUAGGCACCGCGGCCAAAAAACUAUUCGAAUGGACCCCUAUGGCUUACAAUUUGUUAGUAAUGACAGUCGUUAUUAGCACUGUAAUAUCAGGGCCAAUGGUGGCUAUCCUAAUGAAAAAAGAAUAUCAAUUGUUCGCUCACACACACACAACACUGAGUACUGAACUGGAAAAGCCUGAGAAUGAGCUUCGAGUGCUGGGAUGCGUGUAUGGACCUCGUCAAGUAAACGCUAUACUCUCAGUGAUAGCAACAUUAAGAGGUCCUCAAACAUCACCCAUAAUGCCCUACCUGGCUCACCUAAUCGAGCUACAAAAGAAGCGCAGAACCAAUGUGUCGUAUCAUGAGCUCGAAGAUGAUGAAAUGAGCGAUGAGGAAGAGUACGGUGGCAAUGAUGUGGUGGAAAUCCAUAGGGCAGUUGACGCCUUUACUGUAGAGACCAGCAUUCUAAUCAACAUAAUCAAAACCGUGUCAACUUUAGCUGGCCUGUAUGAGGAUGUGUGCACUGCUGCUGAGGACUUGCGCACAACGAUCAUUUUGUUGCCGUUUCACAAGCAUCAGCGCAUCGAUGGGAAGAUGGAGAUUGGGAAACAGGCUGUACGGACGACGAACCAGAAGAUUCUUCGCCAUGCACCUAGUACUGUUGGGAUUAUUGUGGAGAAAGGGCUAGCUGGAUCUUUAGGGUUCUCGCAGCUGACUAGGGUGGACACUGUCCAGCAUGUUGCAACUCUAUUUUUCGGAGGGCCUGAUGAUCGUGAAGCUAUUGCGUGGAGUACUCGAAUUGCAAAUCAUACAAAGAUUAAUUUGACGGUGAUUAGAUUCCUGCCUACAGAAUCAUCAAACACGAGGAAUAUGAAGGUAGACUCGGAGAAGGGGAACAAUGACAUUGAGGUCUUCAUGGCGUUGUCAAGUUUGGAAAUGGGCAAUGAUAUUGACAAUUCCUUUCUUAAUGACUUCUAUAACGGGUUUGUUGCGUCUGGUAAAGUUGGAUAUGUUGAGAAGUAUGUAAACAAUGGGACAGAAACAGUGGCAGCUCUACGAGACAUUGGGGACUUGUACACGCUGUUUAUAGUAGGGCGAGGUGGGCGAGGACACUCACCAUUAACCACCCAAAUGAGUGAUUGGGAAGAAUGUCCUGAACUGGGAACGGUUGGAGAUCUUUUGGCUUCUUCAGACUUCAACGUCAGUGGUUCAAUUUUGGUAGUUCAACAACAUAGACACACGAAGAAAGACCUUAUAGAUGAUUAGCUAGAGGAAUAUACUCUUAUUUCAAUUCACAAUGUAAUAUACUUAGUUCUAUGUUAAAUUAGUGUACAUAAUGAAGUUAGCUUUUGAAUC